ACUAAACUACUAACUACUUAACUGUAAGGUGAGAAGUAAAGGGAGGGUGUCUCUUUUUCCUGAGGAAAAUGCCUCAUCAUCUGGUAGCAAAAUGAACGGCUGCCUCCGACAUUCCAGCAGAAGGCCCCAAAAUCUUGGAGAGUGAAACACACACACACACACACAUACACACAUAACUUUCUCACUGUCUUACUCUCUAUCACACUCGCAGACACGGGGAUGGAUUUGCCAUGAGCUGACUGCCCACUUCACUCUAAGUUAACCAGUGCAAGAAUGCCCAUCUUUAAGAAGCUGCCCAGGAGGCUCAAGAAUAACCAGAGCAAUGGUGAUCUCAUCCAAAAGAGUAACCUUGCUAACGGUGAACUCAUCCUUAAAAGUAACCAUAGCAACGGGGAACUCAUUCUGCCACCAUCCGAUCUGAAUCCGUUUGAGGGGGCGUGGGCAGGUAUAGGGUGGAAUAAUGAAGAGAAUGGGGUUUGGGAAAAUGGACAGGACUACCAAAGAUCAUCUCAGGUGAGUGAGGCGCUGGAGAAUGAGGCAAACACAGAGCAGCGUGGAGGGUCGAAGGUUAACGAAGGAUCGAAAGAAAAGAGAGGAACUCUGGAACGGAUUUGUGGCUCAUCACCAUUGAAGACCCUGGGAAAGUUAGGGAAAGGACUUCGUAUCACUGGAAAAAAUGUUUGGGGUGCUGCCCCUUCGACGCGGAGUGCCACCCUCCCGGCAACACCUUCCUCAGGAAAAAAGAGAAAAAUUAAUUAUAGACGAGCCUCAGAGGAGAUCAUGACUUUACUGAGACUGGCAGGCCGUCGUAAAGAGAGCGAGCGCAGAGAUAGUCUGCCCACAGGUGAUCUGACCACCGAAGACGAUGAAGACAGUUGUCGUCGUCCCUCAUUCCUACGUAUGGUCAGUCUGAGCAAGCUCAAACGUGACUCACUAACAAACAACAGUUCCCAGGGGUCCGAGCAAGAGCUGGUAGAGGAAGAGCAGCCAGUCAAACGCAGGGAGCCGCUAUCAGUGUUGGAGAUCUUGCAGUUGGUCAAUCAGAGAGACCUGCUGCUUGCCGACACGCACAUUCAAGAGCUCGAGAGGGAGUGUGAACUUGAUCCCUCCCCGUUGACACAAACCACACCCACUUCAACCACACCCAGCACUGCAACAACGCCCUCAUUGGCCUCAUCCCCCUGGUUCCCCCUGCUUGCUGGUUCAGGCAAUGACGAGUCCGGUCCAAGCAUGUGGGAUGCCGGGCUGCGUAAAGUGAAAGACGUAGAGCUGCUUUACGAAGCCCUUCAGAAUGAGAUGUGGGAUGUGGUGAGGGAGUCCCUACGUCAACCCUGCACCGGGCCUCAGCUGGGUCUUGUGGUUCUGGUCAUACAGCAAGAGGAGCAGGCUGACAAGGUCUGGGCACUGCACCAAGAGGCCCAGGCCAACCUCCAAGCCGAAGAUAACUCGGAAGACCGGCCAAUCUCGCGUGAGAUCGCACGACCCUCCAAGCGACCCAGGAGGCUGCGUCAGGGAUGGGUGGAGGCCAUGGGAGAGGCAGCCGACUGGUGUCUUCCACAGCCAGGAGGCAUCGCCGCAGGUCAGAUGGCCAUGUAUUUGGAGCGUCUGAGGGGCAGGGUGGUGGAAGAUAUGGACGCAGCCCGUCGGAACGUGGUGGCGGUGUAUCCUGAGGAGUUUGGGGUGUUUCAGGUCUACAUGCAGAGUUAUCACAGGGCGGUCGCCAAACGGCUGAAGAGCAUCACUUGUGGACCCAUUCAGAUCACUGAUAUAUACUCGCUGCUGGAUUGGAUCUACAACAUUUACAACAGGGACGUCUUGGCUACAGUUGGAGCAAUGGGCACAAUAGAUUGUGAAUCUCUAGAUCCUCUUCUGCCAGAAGAUGUCAUCGAUCGGCUGGAACAGGACUGUGUCGACACUGUUUGGGAGAAGGUGACCACAGAGCUGUCUCAGGUUUUGGAGGAUGAAGAAAAGCGAUGGGCACAGACGUUGCACAUUGAAGAGUAUCAAUCUGGCCUCGCCCGUUCUAUUAUACAGAGGUUGAAGGUAGAUUUAGACAGAUCAACUGCUGUCAGUCAGCCAUUAGGAGCCAGUAUUGCUCGCUGCACCUUAAAUGGACUUGCGGAUUUCCUGCACAGCUUCCAAAGAAAGGUUGAGGUGUUCCAUAACACACAGUCGGAGUUUGGAGAUGGUGGGGAUGGUUAUGUCUCCAGGACAAUCGCUCUUGUCAACUGUGUUCCACCUUUCAGGAGUUUUGUGGAGCGCUGUCAUAUGUGUGACCCCCUCGGCAGUGAGGACUUCUCGCAGCGAGCUCAUUCCUCUCUAGAGCGAAUCGUCAACCACUCUGUGCGAGUACUCGCUGACAUACUGUUUGAAAAUAUCAGGCCAUUCUUUGAUAAGCUGGUGAAGAGGAAGUGGCUGGAGAACAAUGAGGCCUUUGAGAGCAUUGAGACGUCUAUUAAACAGCACUUUAAAAAGUUUCGCAGAAUGGACUGCCCUCCGUAUCAGACACUGGUGAAUGAGGUGCACAGGCGGGUCCUGGUUGAAUAUGUUCGUGCCAUCAUGAGGGGGCGGGUCAUUUGUACGUCACUCAAAAUGAGGAAGAGAGUGGCAUUCCGUCUGCAGGAUGAAGCCAAGCAGUUGAAGGCUCUAUUUAAGGAUCUGGAGUCAACUGCUUCCUGGUUGGACAGUCUGAUUGUUCACCUGGCUGACAUCAUAGUGUUAGAAGACACACCUUCUAUUCAGAUGGAGGUUGGAGUUUUGGUGAAGGAGUUUCCAGAUAUACAGAGAAGACACAUCUCUACUGUGUUAAAUGUCCGUGGGAUGGUGCAUCAAUCAGACCGUCAGGAGAUUCUAGCAGUUGUUCGGGAUUUAGAGAACAGCGACAGCUCCAUUAAUCUGCCCAGGGAUCGUGCCCUCUUCUCUGAAAUCGCAGUGGCCAAAGACAUGCCCUGUCUGGGGUUGGUUCUGAUUCGAUGCGCUCUGACUGUGUCAUCAUGGGUCGCCAGCGCCCGACCGCAUCGUAAACACAGCAGACGGAGCCGGAACGAGAAGCAUGCGGACGGGAGAACCCAGUCGUUGCGUACAAAGCGUUCUGACAGAUAAUAAAAUAAGGCAUAACUACAAUGCACAUCAUUCUUAAAAAAAGCACAAUUAACUAUAUAGAAACAAAAAUCAUAACACAUACAAAACUAAAAAAAUGAAUGUAUUGUUAGGACACAAAAACAAGUAGGGAAAGAUCUAUGUUUAUCAGAAAGUUGAAUUUAUUGUUGUCAGCCCUUAUAGAUGGUUUCAACAUACAGUGACAAGAAAAAGUAUGUAUAUAAAUUUGUCAUAAAAUGUGAUCUGAUAUUCAUCUAAGUCAAGUGUAUUGACAAACAUAAUGUGUCUAAAGUAAUUAGACAAAAAAUUUAGAUCUUUCAUGCCUUUAUUAAACACACUCAUUAAACAUUCAAAAUGGCAGUGGAAAAAGAACCCUUAAAAUUAAUAAUUUAUUGACACUCAUUGUCAGGAAUAACCUCAACCAGGCGCUUCCUGUAGCUGUGGAUCAGCCCUGCACAUCGGGGAGAAGUUAUUUUAGCCCAUUCUUCCAGAUCAUCUCUAUUGGGUUAAGAUCUGGGCUCUUAUAUUGCCACUCGAAAAGGUGGAUUUUGUUAUUCCGAAGCCAUUCUGUUGUGGACUUGUUUCUGUGUUUUGGUUCAUUGUCCUGUUGCAUCACCCACCUUCUAUAGAGUUUCAUCUGACGUACAGACAUUCUCACAUUAUCCUGAAGAAUUGUCUGAUAUACUUCGGAUUUCAUCUUCCCCUCAAUGAUUGCAGCUGGCCAGGAUCUAAUCCAGCAAAGCAGGCCCAAAUCAUGAUGUUUCCUCCACCAUACUUUACAGUUGGGAUGAUGUUUUCAUGAUGAUAUGCAGUGACCUUUCUACGCCAGAUGUAGCGCUGUGUGUUUUUCCAAAUAGAUCUUAUGUUCAUCAGUCCACAAAACAUUUUGCCAAUACCGCUGUGGAGUGUCAAUGUGCUCUUUUGCAAGCUUUAGAUGUGCAGUAAACAGUGGCUUCCUUUGUGGUGUCCUGCCAUGGAUACCCUGCUUGUUCAGUGUUUGUGUAUUGUAGACUUAUUCUAGUUCUACUGAUGCCUUUAAAUUUUUGGCUGUCAUUAGGGGUUGUUUCUUUACCUCACUGAUGAGUCUUCGUUGCACUCUUGAUGUCAUUUUGACUGGGCACCCACUUCUUGGUAGAGUAGCAACAGUCCCAAAUCGUCUCCAUUUGUAGAUUGUUUGCCAAACUGUAGACUGGUGAAUUUCUAAAGUCUUUGAAAAACUUUGUAACCCAUUUCAGCUUUAUGUAAACCAACAUUUCUUGAUCGUAGCUCCUCUGAAAGCUCUUUUUGGCGAGGCAUGGCUCACAUAUAAGCGUGUUCUUCUUGUGCAGAGCAAACUCCAAAAGUUUGAGGGUUUUUUUAUCAGUCAAAGUAGCUGUAGUCCACACCUUCGAAUGUAUUAUCUUAACGAGACUCCAGGUGUACUAAAACUUUACUCAAAUUAGCUUUUUUAAGGUCAUUAACUGAAGGGUUCACAUACUUUUUCCACAAGCGCUAUGAGGUUGUUUGGUUGUUCUCCAUAAAGACAUGCAAGAUCAGAUAUUUUAUUUUAUUUUUAGACAUUAUGUUUGUCAAUACCCUUGAUUUAGAUGAAUAUCAGAUCACAUAAGUAUAUCAGGCAUUAAGUAGGAAUAAUUGAUGACAGGCAUUUGAAUUAUUCAAAAAUAAUGCACUCCCAAGGUGGUAAUGCGGGACGAAGCAAAGGGUAGUUUAAGACACUUGACAGGUUAUGUGUGUGUUUAUCGAAAAACAAUGCAUACCCAUUUCUUAACCAAUCAGAAUUAAGCAUUCAACAGCCCAGUGGUAUAAACUCAUCUGUGUAAAAUGAAUGUAUACAAUGUUUAACUACAGAUCCUCAAAGUCUUGCCUGGCUACCAGAACCGCACAGUAGUGAUCCAUGCUCACGGUCUCCCUUCGACUUUUGGAAACCGAAACAUUUUAAUUUUUUAACAAGGUAUUUGUUGCAGAGGUCAGUUUAGGCAAUAGCCAGACCAAUAAACAAGCACAGACAGGAAGUUAGGUUCGGGCCAGGAGCGUAACUGCAGCAACCCGUGUGCAUCUGAUGAAACCGUCUAUAGGAAAUAGAUUACAUUUAUUGCUCAGGCUAUUCACACUCAGUCAAUCAACUAGAUGUGUUUGGGCAGAACCUGGUCAAGGGAGACCAAGAUGAAAAGUAAUAAACAACAAAGCAUGUCCUUCAGAACACAGCUGCGGUUGAAUCAAAUACUCGGCACUUAAAAAGACAGGAAAUCUCUGGCUUUUAUACAGGCUGUUAAUAGGCUGCUGUGUAUUGUGUAUAGCUUGUUUGAACAAACACUUGAUUUGAAUGAGUGGCAGAAGCCUCACUGCUGUAAAGUUGAAAAGCUAAGAAAUUCAGCAUGAACUUAUAUAGGCUGUGCUCAAUGCUGUAGACAACAAGACUGCUUAAAACUCCUAAAAUGGUUUUUAUCUGGCUGUAUGGUUCCAUAAAAAAUGUUUGAUAUUCACAAAAACUUUCUGUUACACAAAAGGUUUUUGUAUUGGAAAAGGUUACACAAAAAUAAAAGAAUAUGACAGAAAUCAUUAUUUUAAGAAUCUUUCUAUUUGUCUUUUUGGAAAAGAUGUGAGUGUGACUAUAAAUCACACAACAGAGCAGAUAUAUGUAGUGAUGUCAUCAGGUACAGCUCUACAAUACAUACAUCUUUCAGGUGUAAGUUUUAAUUGAUGCCAUUUAUGAAGAGCAAACGCUUAAGUGGUUUAAUCAUGACUGAUUGUGACAUUUUAAAAACAUGUUUAUUUGUUGCUGUUCUUUUUUUGUUUUUCUGUUUAAUUUUUAUACAUAUUUGAGCAAAGACAUUACAGAUGAAAAAUGAUGAUGUUAAUGUACAUUGAUAUUGUUUCAAGUAAAUAAGAAAUAAAGACCCAUUGACUGGGAAAUUAUGUAAAACCUAAUUAAAA